CAUCUAAUAGACACGAACAGAAUAGAAGAGAAAUACCAAGUGGAACUGUAGGUUACUUUGAUGGGUAUGGCCAAAAAAUGAGUUUCGACUCUUCUUCCAUCCGUGACCCCAAAUCGCCCUUGAAAGAACCGGUUAUGCACCGGAAUCUUAUCACUGGGGUUUUGACUGGAAACUGUAAGUGCAAUAAAGCGUUAAGGAGUGAGGUGGAUGCAUUGUCUAGUGAAUUUCCUCAUAGCAACAUGGUAGUUGCUCGACCGAGGCCCAGCACUGUAGACUCAGUUGUGGAUAGAAUCGAGGGAGCUGAUUCUUCUCUUCAUCAUGGUGUAAGAGAUAGCAGGAUGGCGUGGGACCAGUACAGUUAUUGCCGUGGACAAUCCCUUGAUCUCACUGGAGCAUCACGCAUGUUACGGCAAGAUGAGUUUAGACUCGCUCAUCUAUGCAACAGAAGCAAAUCCUAUCUGAAUGAAACCCUGCAGUUGGGAGAAGAUUAUGGUGUCGAACUUCCUUUUGAAACGACUAGCAUUCUUGCAACGAAAGAACUUUACCUGGGAAAUGAGAACAUGAGACGGCAAGCUGAUUACGGUUUCAAAGGGGAUGGCCAUCCUGUUAUAUCUCAAGAUGGUUUGACAAGUCGCUCACCGUCGGAGAACGAAGAAGGUACCUAUGAUAUUAAAUUUUGGUCCCAGCAAAUGUUGACUGAUGAAGAAUUAACCAUUGACGAUCAAUCUGAGACAAAGAUGCAUGAAGAUCGCAUCAUUGGUUAUACCCAGAUUGGACACCUAGGGUCUCCCAAGAUCGGGAUGGUUCCAAUGAGGUCCUUGGUCUGAAUUGCGUAGACCAGCAGUGGAUUAAUCAUGAUAUCAGACAAUUAUCAACACCAAAGUCUUCAGAACUUGAAUAUUCACCAAGUGGUGGAGUUGACUUUAACCUCAAUUUUCCAUCUUCUCGUGUGUCUGUGAAAGAGCGUUUGGGCAAGCCCAUCAAACCUUCAAGUAGAGAUAUAAUGAAAAGAUUGGGGGCUCCUCGGAAAGUAAAUCUUGUUAGUCCUUGGCUUAGAUAUCAUAUAAUGAAAGAUUCCUCGAGAGAAAAUUUUGGAAAUCUUCUUGGACAUCGCCCUGUUGGAAGGAGUGAUUCCUUGAAAAGUAAGGUGAAACAGGAGGAGAAGGAACCACCUGAAGAUUCUGAGGAGUUCAAGCAGAGAGUUCAUAAUGCAUUUUUGAAGCACUAUAAAUCUUUGAAUGAGAAACCAGCUCAGCAGAGGAAGUACAUGAUGCACGGCAAUAUGGUAUUGUCAAGUGCUGCGUUUGUGGCAGAAAAUUUGAAGGAUCAGUACGCUUGGCCACACAUGCCUUUAACUCACACAUGGUUGGAAUGAGAGCAGAUCACUUAGGUUUGCACGGAGCACUUUGUGUGUUGAUCGGAUGGAAAUAUGAAGUAGCCCCUAACAGUACAUGGGUUAUGCGGAUGUUGCCUGAUGCUGAACUCAUGUCUUUAAAAGAGGACCUUCUUAUCUGGCCUCCUGUUGUUGUCUUCAAUAACAGUUCCAUAGCAAAUAAUUGUUCUGAAAAACGGAGAGUUGUGAGUAUAGAGGAGCUUGGGGAAAUUGUCAGAGGCAUGGGAAUUGCCCGGAUUACCAAGUUGUACCAUGGAAGACCUGCAAAUCAGAGUGUCAUGGUGGUUAGCUUCCAAGGAACCCUUUCUGGGUUGCAAGAAGCAGAGAGGCUUCAUAAGUUCUAUGCUGCAACCGAGCAUGGAAGAGCUGACUUCCAGAAACUUAGCGGCAGUGGCUGUACUGAUGGAAACAAAGUGCGAGAACCAAUCACUGAUAUGAUCAGCAACGUUCUCUAUGGAUAUUUGGGAAUUGCCGAGGAUCUGGAGAAACUUGAUUCUGAGAAUAGGAGGCGGUCUGUGUUGAAAGGUAAGAAUGAAAUUGAGGCUAUUGUGGAUGCCACGCCCAAUGCAAGUCUACGGGGAUGAAUUCUCUUCUAACAGAUGAUAUAUACAUAUUUUUUUGUGUGAAAAUUUUGCUCACUGAGUUCCGUUUGUUAAUCAAUGAGAUGAGAAGACGUGUUAAUGGUAGGAACGUUUUUGUUCACUGUAAUGUCGCAGAUCUAUUAUGCUGCGGUUAACAAUGUUUGAAGUCAACUCAGAAGAAACAAUUUACAUCUGAUUAUUGUAAGUAAAGAUCAGUAUC